AUGGCCCAAGUGGAAACAAGAAGGAAUCUCGAUCGAGAGGAGACUCCUUCUUUUGAUUCUUCCCUUGAAGACUACUCGUCCAUCCGAACAAUAACCAGGAAGGAUGGAUCAUGUCAUGAACAUGGGUCUUUGGAUUCUUCUUCUUCUACCUUUUUGAAAUUAAAUUAUGAGGCUCAUCAUUUCGUUCCUCAUGAGGAUGGAAAAAGAUCAUCAACAGCAUCAUUACUUGUAAAUACUUGUAGUUCUUGUUCAUUCUCUCCACUCUAUAAUCAUCCUUGUACCAAUCAUUCCGAACGUCCAGAAAAUAUUGUAAUCAGUAAUAAUCAUCAUCAUUCUUACACCCAUGAAACAUCCGGUAAUUUCUUCUCAUUAUCACUUUGGCCAAAAACAAUGCAAACACAAAAAUCAUUCGGACCUUUUCCAUUCAUAUAUUUAUUGAAAAUCAUGACGAUCAGCAUGAUGGUCAUGUGUUUUGGAUUUUUAGGAACGAGUACCAUGGUCGAGGCUGCUUCCUUUCGAUUCAUGAGUGAAUUCACAAAAACUGCAAAUACAACGGUUUUGAAUGUUUUACCAAAUUCAACCACGACUGUACUUAACAACGUGACAACCACAAAUACCAUUGGUUUUGGUUACUUUACGUAUACAUAUGAAACAGAUUCGUUGAGUUGGCAAAUUUUGAUGGACACAGAGUUGCCUUCAUUUUCAAAUUCAAGUUCGGUCAUUUCAUUGCGAUUUUGGAGACUGGUUCAUACCAAUGUAUUAUUAACUCAAUAUGCAAAAACCUUAUUCGUUCCAAAAGCCAACCUGACUCAGACACUGAUUGAGAAAAAUUUGUUAAAUUCAACCACUGGUGUGACCAUUGUUCCUGAGAAAAUGCUGUAUCCUCUCAAUGGAACGACGAAAGGAAAAAUAACGAAUACUACUCUCUACCUGAGUGUGCCUGAAAUGUUUGAAAAUUCAUUUGUGGUACAAUUUUUUGAAUUGGAAUUGAACGCCUCUCUACUGCAAGAUAAUUCUUCAGAAAAUGUCGUUCCAAUGAGUGACAAAAUUCUUGUCAAAUUUUCAUUAUUCAAAGGAAAGAACCCAACUUAUACGUAUUCCGUUUUGGAAAAACUCAAAAAUGCAUUACGAGUCGUUUCUGUUUCAACCGUGGCAUUCAAAAACUUGUGCAGUUCUGCCUCUCCUGUAGUUGCAUUUGCAUGGAACUCUUGGAAAUUAUGGUUUGUCUUGUUUGUAAUUAUUGCCAUGCUUGGAGGCCUAGUUCUCUCAUGGUGGAAACCAUAUUUUGUAGUAUUUUUAGCGCUUGUUGUGUUGAACAUUUCUGGAGUGAUUAAUGUGAGUCAGACAUUGGCUGGUUUUUCAAACGAUGGUAUGCUCACAGUGUUAGUACUGUUCCCUAUUGUGCAACCCAUUUCUGAGAAUUCACUUGUUCUCAAAAUUUCCAAGGUUGUUUUUGGAUCUCCCAAAUAUGGAUUGUGGCUAUGCAUGCUUCGUGUGUGCUUAUUUAUUGCAUUAGUGAGUCCUUUCAUUAACAAUACUCCAAUUGUGGUUACUCUCAUUCCGAUUAUUAAGGACUGGGCGAGAGUGAACAAUAUUGCUCCCUCUAAAUUUUUAAUUCCCAUGUGUUUCAUGACGUCUGCAGCAGGAUUAAUGACAUUGAUUGGUACCUCGACCAACAUUGUCACCAAUGGUCUCUACGUUGCCUAUGGUUUCACACCAUUUACAUUUUAUGAAUUUUUCUAUAUUGGAAGUAUUUUAUCGGUUGUGACGGUGAUUUAUCUGUGUACUUUUGGCUUGUGGGUGUUGCCCAAUAAGAAGGGUGGUAUGUUCAGACUUGCCAGAGAACGUGGUGAGCAGUUCUUGACUAAGAUUGCUGUGGAUGAUCCAAAUUCACCUCUCAUUGGAAAAAAUAAGCAUGCAAUUAUUCAAUAUCUUGGAUUGGAAAAGUUGGAAGUGGUUGAAAUUAUUCGAAAGAAACAGAGACUAAGUACUUCUGCAAAUCCCACUGUCACUGAAUCAACCAAUGCUGAUACACCCAAAGUAUCAAUUGCCACUGAUAUGGUGGCAGCCAAUGAGGAUCAAUCCACAGAAGAUCCAGUAGAGCUCAUCGUUCCAGUUCCAGACGAUUUGACCAUCAUUUUAGGAGAUGUCAUUAUUUUCAAAGGUCAUCCCAAUAUGAUUCUUAAAUUGCACUCCAAGACUGGAAUUUCUGAAAGCUUACCUGAUGAAGGUGCUGGCAUUAUUCACACCAUGUUGGGAACUGCUGACAUGCAAAUGGAAAAGCAAGCAGCUGUCAAUAUUUCCUCGUCACAACAGCCAAAUGUGCAAAUUGAAAAUCUUCCAACAACACCACUUCCUGCUGAUAGCAGUGACGGCAAUCUCGUCGUGGAAAUUAGUGAAAGCAGUGAAAUUAAUUCUUCCAAUGAUUUCAUUCAUGCUCACGAUUCUUCCACUCCACAACUCGAAGUGGCUCCUCCCAUUCCAAAGGCCACAUUGAAAAGUCUAUUGAGUGAACAUCAUGGUCUCUAUGAAGCUGCCCUUAGAAAAUCCAUUCAUGAAGAAUAUACUCAAGAUGCGACUGCCUCCUCAUCUCUGGAUGUUGGAGUUGUGAAUGAAGAACAACCACCUAAAUCAUCAUCAACAGAAAUUGCUGAAACUCAAACACCACAGAACGAGAGUGCUGUUCCUUCAGUCCACAACAAUUCCAGUACUCCACAAAUGACAACACCUGCAAGUGUCGAUUCCUCAAGCGAAGAUCGUUCAAAGAGCAAGUCUAAAAAACGAUUGUCACUUGCCUGGUUUAAGAGAAAGAAAAAACCAGAAGUCGAGGCAGAACAAGACACCACAGAAAAGGAACCAGAAUUUUUUGAGUUGAUUAUUAGUGUGAGCAAUCCUUGUAUUGGAUUUAGUUAUGCUGAAUUUGAAAAACGAUACGGAGUGGUCGUACUUGCUGUGCGUUAUGUUGGUUUGGAAACAAAAACUGAUGUCACCGAUUUCAAAACAUCAAACGUGAGUACAGGUGACACCUUACUUGUCAUUGGAAGAGGAGAAUUUUAUGCCAAAUGGCACGAAUCCAAAGAUUUUUAUGUCAUUUCUCGAUGUAAUGUGAAUCCAAAAGAAAACAAGCCCAACAAAUUUAUUGUCAAAAUUCCAUUCACAAAUAAGGAAUUUAAUUUAUGGUGGUGGGAACAUUUAAUUUUCCCAAUAUUUAUUGCCAUGAUUGCAUGUGCCAUUGCAGGAUAUUCCAUGUUACAAUGUGCCAUGGUCACAUUGUGUGUGGUUAUUAUUUUAGGUCUUAUUCAACCUAUCAAAGCAUUAGAGAGUGUGGAAUGGCCACUCAUUGCCCUAAUUGGAUCUUCAUUUGGAAUUGGAACUGCCAUCACACAGAGUGGAAUGGGAGAAGCCUUUGCCGAAGUGGUUCGAUUGAUGAAUAUUCCAAAUUUCUUGUUGCCUGCCGUUGUGGUAUUGAUCACUCUUGUAGUCACUGCUGUCAUUACCAAUAACGCUGCUGUUGCCAUUACCUUCCCAUUAGCCAUGGCUGUUGCCAUUCGUAAUGGACUGAACCCACGAUGCUUUGCCAUGUGUGUUUGUAUUGCUGCAAGUUCUGUAUUUGCCACUCCAAUUGGAUAUCAAUGCAACAUGAUGGUUUACGGAACAGGAGGAUAUUCGUUUUUGGAUUAUGUGAAAUCUGGUUUACCUCUCACAGUUUUAUAUUUUGUGUGUAUUAGUGUAUUCGUGCCAUUGAUUUGGGGAUUGGAAGUACCAAAUUUUUAA